AAUUGUCAGUGACACAUGCUGUGGGUCAAAAAUAGCAAGCACUCUUAAACUAGAAACUUCUCGCGGUUAUUGGAGAGCACUGUAGAAGUAUUUGUCUGCCCCAAGGCCAUGUAGUCAACCAGGAUUUAAAUAUUUACAUGUUUCAGAUUGAAGGCAAGUAUGCUUAAGUAAUCGUUUAUGUAAUUUAUGUAAAACUGCCAUUUGUUAAGUUUAAAUUUAAAGUCUUCAUUAAAUGGCUGCAAUUUUGGGGCAGUUUAUGGAGUUUCACUCUGUUCAUGGUACCAAUGUCCAACUGGACUGCUGUGGGACUAGGGCCAUUAGAGUUGAAAGUUUUGCUAAUGGAAUCUGCUUUAGUAAACAUCCUUUAAAUCCCGGAGAGAUUUUCCUGGUGGAGAUCGAGGACAAGGAGAUAGGCUGGUGUGGUCAUCUCAGGAUUGGACUAACUGCAAAUGAUCCUCAAAAGUUGGAGACAGUUCCUGAGUAUUCGUUGCCUGACCUAGUGGACCAGGGAGGAAGCUGGGUGUUUGCCAUAACUAGGAACCACAACAAGGUUAUUGAGGAUGAGGCCCAAGAAGCAGAUGGUAGGCAAGCUGAUAGAAAUGAAGGCAAUAUUUUAAAAACUUUUUUCACUGAAAGUCACUUACAUAUAGAGAGUGUGUGCAUACCGAAGGACAAGUUGGUGGGAAGGAGUCGGCCUGGCCAGUUUAGUCACAUCCUGGAUGAUCUUUAUAAAAUUAAUGCUUUGCCUCCUACUGCCAGACGCAGUCGGAUUGGAGUUUUGUAUGUUCCAAAAAGCCAAGGUUUUGCUGACAUGCAUAUUGUCAUCAAUGGUGAAGACAUGGGUGCCUCUGCCAAAGGAAUUCCCACCAGUCAGCCACUCUAUGCCGUUGUGGAUUUAUUCGCUGCUACUAAAAGUGUCCGAAUUGUACAAGUGGAAUAUGGCCUUCCCUCACUGCAGACACUUUGUCGGAAGACUAUUCAGAAGCACAUCAUUCACAGAAUGGCAUUGGACUUGUUGGAUCUCCCAGAGAUGCUAAAACAGUACUGUAAAUUUGAGUAACAAAGUCAAUUGGAAAGCUCUGACAGCUAAAUGCACACUCUGAACCAGAAAGUUGGAUUAUAACACCUGUUGGACAGAUGUAUUAAACAAAUAGCAAACAAUAUAUGUGUGCAAUAAAUCAUUUAUCAACCACUUUAA